ACUUUGAAGGAUCGGGGGAUUGGCCGUGCUUUGGGGUGGUGAACAAUUGAACAUGUCGCAGUUCUGGAAACCAGGGACGGAGAGGCCACAGGGUCGCGUAGUCGACGAUGAAGAAGGUGGUCUUCUCUUCUUGUUUGGUUCUCACCAUUCCUCUUCCGCAAAACAUGGCUACGCCAGCAUCGAGAAGCAACGCCAGCGAUUGCCUGUGUUCAAGUACCGCACCGCCAUUCUCUACCUUGUCGAGACUCACGCCACCACCAUCAUCGUUGGCGAAACCGGCAGCGGAAAAACCACUCAAAUUCCUCAGUACCUGAAAGAAGCAGGUUGGGCCACCGGUGGCAGACUCAUUGCUUGCACUCAACCUAGAAGACUUGCCGUUCAGGCUGUUGCUUCCAGAGUUGCCGAAGAGAUGGGAGUAAAGCUCGGUGAAGAAGUUGGCUACACGAUAAGGUUUGAAGAUGUAACGAAACCGGAUGUAACGGUACUUAAAUUUUUAACUGAUGGAGUGCUCCUAAGGGAAAUGAUGGACGAUCCUCUUUUGACCAAAUAUAGUGUUAUAAUGGUGGAUGAAGCUCAUGAAAGAUCAAUAUCAACAGACAUUUUGCUUGGACUAUUGAAAAAGAUUCAACGUCGUCGACCAGAGUUGCGGUUGAUUAUCUCAUCUGCUACUAUUGAAGCAAAGUCGAUGUCUGACUUCUUCCAAAUGAGAAAGAAGCGCCGAGAGACUGAAAACAAGGAUCAUGGACCACAAGUGGAACCUGCAAUCUUGUCAGUUGAGGGUAGAGGAUUCAAUGUACAAAUUAAUUAUGCUGAGGAACCUGUCCAAGACUACGUUCAGGCUGCUGUUUCAACGACACUCUUGAUCCAUGAGCGGGAGUCAGCAGGAGACGUUCUAGUGUUCCUUACUGGCCAAGAUGACAUUGAUGCAGCUGUUCAGUUACUCACUGACCAAGUUCAAACUACUGGAAAACACUCUUCUGGAUUAAUUGUUUUGCCUCUGUAUUCAGGGCUUCCACGUGCUGAUCAGGAGUUAGUGUUUUCUCCAGCUCCUCGUGGAAAGAGGAAAGUAGUAAUUUCUACUAAUAUAGCAGAAACAUCACUCACAUUAGAGGGAAUUGUCUAUGUUGUUGACAGUGGGUUUUCUAAACAGCGGUUCUACAAUCCGAUUUCUGAUAUUGAAAAUCUGGUUGUGGCUCCAAUAUCUAGGGCUUCUGCUAGACAAAGAGCUGGUAGGGCUGGGCGAGUUCGACCUGGAAAGUGUUACAGUUUCUCUAUGGCCCUUUGCUGUUAUACGGGGAUUUUCAGUUCUGAUAUGCAAAGAGAUCCAGCAACCCCGAUGCUAUACACAGAAGAAUAUUUUCUUAACCACAUGCCUAAUGCGGGAAUUCCAGAGAUACAGCGAUCAAAUAUGGUCUCCUGCGUAAUCCAGCUAAAGGCCUUGGGGAUUGAUAAUAUCUUGGGCUUUGACUGGCCAGCAUCUCCAUCUGCUGAAGCAAUGAUCCGAGCACUAGAAGUUCUCUACUCACUUGGUAUAUUGGAUGAUGAUGCUAAGCUGACUUCACCAACUGGAUUUCAAGUUGCUGAGAUUCCACUUGAUCCGAUGGUCUCAAAAAUGAUAAUAGCUUCCAGUCAACUUGGGUGUUCAGAGGAGAUAAUCACCAUUGCUGCUGUUCUUUCCGUCCAAUCCAUCUGGAUCUCAGGGAGAGGGAUACAAAAGGAAUCUGAUGAAGCAAAAUUGAGAUUUGCUGCUGCGGAGGGUGACCAUGUAACGUUCCUUAAUGUAUACAAGGGGUUUCAUCAAUCUGGUAAAUCUUCACAGUGGUGUCACAAGAACUAUGUAAACUAUCAUGCCAUGAGAAAGGUUCUUGAAGUUAGAGAGCAACUCAAAAGAAUUGCAAAGAGGAUAGGACUAGUCUUGAAAUCUUGUGAGAGUGAUAUGCAGUUAGUGAGAAAAGCUGUCAUCGCCGGGUUUUUUGCAAAUGCGUGUCAUCUAGAGGCAUACAGUCAUGAUGGGAUGUAUAAGACGUUAAGAGGAUCACAGGAGGUUUAUAUUCACCCGUCGUCAGUGCUAUUCAGAGUAAAUCCAAAAUGGGUUAUUUACCAUUCUCUUGUAUCAACUGAUCGACAAUACAUGCGUAAUGUCUUAACUAUAGACCCCUCGUGCUUAAUGGAUGCUGCUCCUCACUUCUACAAGUUGCAACAAUCUAAUCAUCUCCUUUUUUAAUUGAUUUCUGUUUUGCACACUCAACGUGUUUGAGAUGAAGGAAAGAAACGUUAUGUAUGGAGUGUUUUAGUUCAUGUAGGAUACAUUAACCAGUAUAUACUAUGAAGUGUUUUAGUUUAUGUAGGAUACAUUAACCAGUAUAUACGAAGUUUUACUUCAAGUUAAUGAAUGAGGUUUCAGUUCAGGUAGGACA